AAUUCGAACUUCUGCCCUUAUGAUCAUGUGGUAAAAUUCUUAUCAAAUGAGCCAAACAAAGCUUAGUUAUUAGAACAUAUACUUGCUUACUCUAUAUCUACAGUCUACACUAAUUGACCUGUAUACUUGCGAUAUUUUAAUGUACAUUUAGGACCAACCACAAUGGAAAUUCUCACUACCGUCCUCCUUCCUCACCAACCAUACUUCAAUUCGCAUCCUAAAUUGAAUAAAUUCUCUCACUCUUUAAGUUCCUCAAACAUACCGCAUUUUCGGUUCCGCUCACGACGAUGUUCGGAAUUCGUCGUUUCGCAAGCAAUUCGAACUCCUAAAUUCGAUUUCAAUUCUCGAAGAUUUGAUGAUGAAGGUUACAAUUUUGGCGAUUCGGAAAAAAGGAGGAGGAGAAAAAGUGAUGGAAAAUCGAAGCAGAGAAGAUGGUGGAAUGAUGAAUUAGAAGAAGAAGAAAUUGAGCCUGAGAUUGGAAUCUUUGAACAAGUUGUUGAAAAUCUUUGGAUUCUUCAGGUAUUUAAAUCCUAUGGUUGGUUCUUGCCUAUCAUCCUGUUAUCUUUCCUGGCAGCUACUGGACCAAAAGCCUUCCUCAUGGCAUUAUCUAUCCCCUUCGGACUGUCAUUGCUCAUCUUUGCAUUGGAAAGAAUUCCGGAAUGGCUAGAAGGCAGCUCUAAACUCCGGCAAAGGCGCAAACGAAGGUCAAAAUUUGGCCGAAGAAAGGAUGCUUCCAUGGAGGAAGAAGAUGACCGAGAAGAAAGAAGUCAACAAAAUAAACGAAACAAGAAAAGAGAUUAUCAAUCAUGGAUACCCCAAAAUAAUGGUGACUCAGGCAGUACAUUACAUGCGAACAGUUUCGGUGGGUGGGAUGAGUUGGUUAGAGAAGACGAAACAAAGUUUGCACGCAGGCGUGUGCGAGAAACUAGCAGACCGAAGGUAAUGGUGGAAAAGGAGAGAUUGAAUAGAUCAAUGGAGGAGAGAGAUAUGCCUCUGCUAUUGAAAUUAUUGGUAUCAGUUUUUCCCUUCUUGGCUUCAUGGACUAAUUUGUUGUAAUGAGUUGUAAAUUUCAAGAUCUGAGUAUCAAUCAACAUGUGAUAUUCUCCGUCGUACAAGUUUUUAUGAAAAUAUAAGCGACAUUGGAGUUUUUCAUCAAGUUUGACAUAUAAUGAACUUGUUUGAAUUAGAGUAUUUAGUUGAAGCUAAA